AUGAAAGCCCGCGGCGGCGGUGUGACGGUUGGGUGGGAUCGGAUCGCGUUGCCUGCCACGCUGGCGGAGUGCGGCCGAAUGGUGCUCGAGUCGCCCGACCCGCGCGUUAAGAUCGCCGUCACCCACGCCGCGCACCGCUUGCUCGCCAGCGGCGCGGCGGCCGCAGACGAGUCGGCUGCGGUAGGCAGUCAGGCGGCGGAGGCGGCGGCAGCGGCGGUUGGCGUGGCGACUGCCCCUCCGAAACCCGCGCGGCCGGCGCGGCCAGAGCUGGUAAAGUGGGGGGAAGGCGGGGUUCACCCGCGGGCAAUCCCCAAGCCUGGACCCUCCUCCCCCUUACCCUGGCCGGCGCACAUGCUGCACAACCUAGCCCACGUGGAAUUGAACGCCAUUGACCUGGCAUGGGAUACUGUUGUCAGAUUCUCCGCUCUAGGGGCGGAGGGGGAGGGGGGGGACGAGGAGGGGGAAGGGGGAGCCGAGGAGGGGGAAGGGGGAGCCGAGGAGGGGGAGAGGGUGUGGAGUGGAAGGGGUGGGAGGGAUGGGGAGGAGGAGGGGAGAAGGGAGAACUUGGAGCAAUCAUGGAAGCUUCCACGUCAGUUCUUUUUGGAUUUUGUACACGUGGCAGAUGAUGAGAGCAGACACCUGGCAUGGUGCCUGCAGCGCCUGGAAGAGAUGGGGCACAGGUGGGAUGCGGUGCAUGCAGGUGGGGUGCGAUUCAGGUGGUGUGUGGAGCAGUGCAGCUACGGUGACAUGCCAGCUCACAACCUGCUCUGGAGGGACUGCGAGAAGUCGGCCAAUCAUGUGCAAGACAGGCUGGCAGUCAUUCCCAUGGUGCAGGAGGCGAGGGGGUUGGACGCGGGGCCGCGGCUGGUGGAGCGGCUGGUGGGGUUGGGAGACAACAGGAGUGCCGCGGUGGUGGCCAAGAUAGCACAGGAGGAGGUGGCACACGUGGCAGUCGGGGUGGCAUGGUUUGUCUGGGUGUGCGAGCGCAUGGGGGUUGACCCACAGACGUCGUUCACAACUGUGAUCCGAUCCCUGUGCGCUGAUGGCGUGAAAGGGCCGUUCAACCAUGCAGCUCGUGCCACUGCUGGCCUGUUAUGGCCCUGCUUGGACCUUCCUCACAUGUACCGUACCCACCUCUCAGACUCUCAUACCUACCUCUCCAUUCGUCCCUUGUACUUUUCAGGUGUGAUUCGCUCCCUGUGUGCCGAUGGCGUGAAAGGGCCGUUCAACCAUGCCGCUCGUGCCUCUGCUGGCCUGCCACGCCAUUGGUACGACCCCCAACAACCCGCCACUGCUGCCCCACUCAAUACAGUCACAUCCAGCACUGCUGCUGACACACCUGCUUCAGUCACACCUGUUGCACUCACAUCAGCUCAUGGCCCUUCAUUGGAUUCAUCUGGAGUAGUAGGAGGGGUAAAGGAGGGAACUGGAGUGAUGGUGGAAAAACGGCGCUCGGGGCAGCAAGAAGUGGGCAAGAAAUGGAGAAAGCUGAUGAGCGGGCAGGUGAACCGGGCAGCCCGGGAAAAGAUGCGAGAUCAGCUGCAGAGGAAGGCAGCUCGCAUUGAAGCCCACAUCCAACGGUGCGAACGGCUCCUCCAAUCAGACAGCGCCACAUCAUCAUCAUCCACCUCGUCCCUUUCGACAUCAGAAGAAGCGCGUUCCUCACCAGCUGAUUCUCUCGAAGCUCCGUUCCCCGCCUCCUCUGCCUCCUCUGCCUCCUCUUCCUCCUCUGCCUCAUCCUCCCUGAUCUCCACCUCAUUAUCACUUCCAGUCUCACCUUCCCUUUCGGAAUCGGCAUCCAUGCAAGCGUUUCCUUCCUCAUCCAAUCGCCCAUCGCCUUUGGGUGCCUCCCAAAACGCCAUGCCUUUGCCCUCAUCGUCCCAUCACCGAUCGGCCCCUCAGCCACAGCUUUUAGAGAGUGUUGAGAAAGAGAACUCCUCGUCGCAUCCCCCUUACAAGCUGUCUCCUCAAGUGAAACAGGACUUGAAGCAGCAGCAGAGUCAUUCCCUGAAGCAGCUCUCAGAGGUGCACCGUCGCUUGGCCCUGCUCAUCUCCUUUGAGGACCGCUGA